UCUUCUUGGGAGGAGGCUCCGUGGCUCCGCGCUCCAGCCAACGCCUGUUGGCCUGCACUUCUUGCCGAGGCUCAGCCACGCCCACGCCCACGCCCAGCACAGUCGAGUCGGCGGAGGCGCAAAGCCAGCGAUCGAGUCGAGGAGAAACCAAAAAACACCCAGCCGCAAGGCGAGGCGACGAUCGAUGGCAGCUCUUGUUGGGAGGAGGCUGGGUGGCUCCGUGCUUCAGCCAACGCAGGCGACAACUCGCCUCCUCUUCUUCCCCGGGCUCAUCCACUCCCAGAUCCACAUAAUGGAUGAUUCUCCAGCAAGCCAAAUCCAGCAGAAGAAAGACGAGCUGUACGAUUUGUUAGAUAAGCAGAAGAGGCUUACCUGUCAGAAUGGCCGGUUGAUGCACAAUCUUUCUGUGCAAAUUAAUCCAAGACCAGACGACCUUAGAUGGCAUGGGUUCCGAAUAAGGAAACGCUUGGACUAUGUGGUGGAUGCGGUCAUGCAUUCUACGAUUUUCAUCCUACUUUUUGGUGCUUGGCUUUCAUGGAAUGAAGAAAGCUCUGCUGAAGAUGGGAAGGAGGAAGCUCUGGGUGUGAAGAACACGCAAGAACAAGGGCGUAGAUAGGUGAAUGUUCUACUGCCAGUACUUUUUGUCACCGUAGCGCCAUUGUUGUCCUAGCUAGGGCCUUGCUCUGGCUCCACCACUUAUCAAGAAGGUUGAAGAUAACUGUUUAUGAUACCUACUAGUAGAACUUAAGCUCAAGUAAUAGAUUGUGCUAUCAGGACGACUGCCUAUGGUUGCAUUGCUACUGCUAUAUAUCUUUGUGGACGACUAAUGUGCAAUGGUGGUACGCUAUAUAUCUUGUGUGCUUGAGGAAAUUUCCUGAUU